AUGAUUAGAGGAGCUUAUCGUGGUCUCCGUUGCACACUAUCAUUUUCUCCCAAGUCUCCAACGAACGACCCGCUUCUCUCUCUCUCUGAGACUGAGCGUUACCACGCAAACCGUACUCUCUCCGUCCCAGCCCGGUUCCAAUUUUCGCGCUCUUCGUAUUCUCUCUCUAUGAACCCUAAGCUUCAAUCCUGAAUCCAAAAUCACGCGCAUAGAUUCAGUUUUUAGAGUUUCUGAAUGGAUCUCUCCGAUGCCCCCUCGUCAAAUUCCAUGGACGCCUCCAUCUCCGGACUGCGUGUGAAGCAGCACCGGGAACUAGAAAGCUUAACACUUACAGCGCAGCCAUUAAAGACAUUAAAGUAUUUCAUGUUGGGUUUUGGCCAAUGCCUUCGACAAUUUAUGGCAAAAGGUGGUUGGCUUGUGCUUCUAUUUAUUUUAGCAGGAGGUAUAGGAAUGCUUACUAUAACUAUUGGUGGACCUCAAGAAGAGCAUAUUCAGGAGCUUGUUCGUUAUCUCCAAUUCGGACUCUGGUGGCUGGCUCUUGGUGUAGCAUCAUCAAUUGGCCUUGGAUCUGGUUUGCACACUUUUGUGCUAUAUUUAGGGCCUCAUAUAGCUCUGUUUACUAUGAAGGCAGUGCAGUGUGGCAGAGUUGACAUAAAAAGUGCCCCAUAUGACACCAUUCAAUUGAAAAGUAGUCCUUCAUGGCUGGACAGAGACUGCUCUGAAUUUGGGGACCCCAUAUUUUUAUCGCAGCACGGUUCAAGGGUUCCACUUAGCACCAUAUUGCCUCAGGUUCAGUUAGAGGCUAUUCUAUGGGGAAUCGGAACUGCACUGGGAGAGCUUCCUCCUUAUUUCAUAUCAAGAGCUGCUCGUAUAUCUGGCGAAAAAUUGGAAGUCAUGAAAGACUUGGAUUCUUCUUCAACUGAAGAUAGUGGAAUUGUAGCUAAUAGUCUGAACCGGAUCAAAUUAUGGCUUCUUUCUCAUACACAAUAUCUGAACUUUUUAACUAUAUUAGUUCUUGCUUCGGUGCCCAACCCUCUAUUUGACCUUGCCGGUAUAAUGUGUGGACAAUUUGGCAUUCCAUUUUGGACGUUCUUCCUAUCAACAUUGAUUGGAAAGGCAUUUAUCAAGACUCACAUACAGACACUUUUCAUCAUCUCAGUUUGCAACAAUCAACUUCUGGACUUGGUAGAAAAUAAAUUGAUUUGGGCGUUCAGCUUUGUCCCUGGAUUUGGUUUGGUUGUGCCCGACCUCGUCGCCAAAUUACAUACUGUGAAAGACAAGUAUAUGCAUGCCUCUCCUCCAGUGCCCUCAAACAGCAAGGAGAAAAAGUGGGACUUAUCAUUUAGUUCGAUUUGGAACACUGUUGUGUGGCUCAUGCUCAUGAACUUUUUCAUCAAGAUUGUCACAGCAACUGCGCAAAGCGUUCUCAAGGAAGAACAUGAAAAGGAGUUGACUGCAUUGUCGAACAAGCCGCAUACAUCAGAACAAAAAAAUAAUGGGUGUUGCAGCCAAGCAUCCGAUUGAAUUUUCCGAAGGUCAUUCGGAUUUGAUUAAUUUUCUUUUCUAAUAUUCAAAGUUUUGGAAUUUAGUGGCAGAAAUUUUUUUGUAUCUGCCAGCCAUGAUUGUUUCGCCCAAAGCUUGAACCUACUUAUCUCUGUUUCAGUUUGUACAUAAAACAACCAUGCCAUGAAGCAUAAGUUAACCCGUAGAAGUAUCUACAUGUCUUGUAGGGGAUCCUAUUUGUACCAUUAUAUCACCCUCCUG